GACCCCGCACACCCUUGCGGACGACUCCGAUUCACCCUGCCGCGCCAGAAGCACCGCUCUCGCCGCGAUGAAACUGAACGUCAAGAACAUUCGCUAUGUCAUGCCCGAGGACUGGCGCGUGCUGACUGCGGCAGAACAGGGCAGCCGUAACCACGAGCUCGUUCCCACGCCGCUGAUUGUACAGCUCUCCGGCCUGCGCUCCGGGAACGCCGUGCACAAGAGCAUCUCCAACCUCGCAAAGAUCGGCCUCGUUGCCAAAGUGAAGAAUGCAAAGUACGAUGGCUACCGUCUCACGUACGGCGGGCUCGACUACCUCGCCCUGCACACGCACACCAAGUCCUCGACGAUAUACUCGGUCGGCAACCAGAUCGGCGUGGGCAAGGAGUCGGACAUCUUCGUGUGCGCCAACGAGACGGGCAUGCAGCAGGUGCUGAAGAUACAUCGUCUGGGCCGCAUAUCCUUCCGCACCGUAAAGGCGAACCGCGACUACCUGCGCAACCGCUCCUCGGCCUCGUGGAUGUACAUGUCCCGGCUGGCCGCCAUGAAGGAGUUUGAGUUCAUGAAGGCACUGCGACGGGAGGGCUUUCCCGUCCCAGAACCUCUUGGUCAGAAUAGGCACACCGUCGUCAUGAGCCUCGUCGACGCGUUCCCUUUACGGCAGAUUUCCACCAUCGAAGACCCUUCAGAACUCUACUCUGAGCUGCUCUCCCUCAUCGUCCGAUUAGCCGAGGUCGGCCUGAUCCAUGGCGACUUUAACGAGUUCAACAUCCUGAUCGAGGAGAAGCCUGAGGCGGAUGGAAAAGUGGCCCUGAUUCCUACCAUCAUCGAUUUCCCACAAAUGGUGUCCGUCUCGCAUGCCAAUGCCGAGUACUACUUCGACCGCGAUGUAGAUUGCAUCAAACGCUACUUCGACCGCCGGUACGGCUUCACGAGCGACGAGCCUGGUCCUUUCUUCAAAGAGUCCACCAAGAAUAUCCGAAAGAGGCUUGAUGUGGAAGUAGAGGCGAGUGGCUUCAGCAAGAAGAUGGCCAAGGAGUUGGAGGCAUACAUGAAGGAGCACGGCAUCGAUGGCGAUGCCGGUGGCGUCGAGCGGGAUGAAGAAGAUGAAGACGACGGUCCCGGUAGCGAGCAAGAUGAGUCGCUAGAAGUCGAGCCGGAGUCAGAGGCAUCGCUUGAGCAGCAGACGCCAGCGGAGGAUGUCGCGGUUGACUCAACGGCCACACCCGCGCAAAUCGCAGCACAAAUGACGAUCCUCGACAUCCGCGAUAACGACCCGCUGCCGGACCUCAGCGAGAUUCAGGCCAUGAAGGCCAAGCAAGCACCGACCGGUAUGUCCACCAAAGCCGCCAAGACAAAAGCUGGAUGGGCUCUUUGA